CAACAACAACAACAACAACAACAAUAAUAAUACCAACUAUCCAUUAAUCAACGAUAGUCCCAAUCAUAUCAUGGAUUCUGCUGCCAUAUUAAAGAUAUUGGAAGAUCCUGAGUUAUUCAGACAAAAACAUGAGGAAAUUAGAAAUGAUCUUAUCAGUCAUAUCAAAUCUCAAGAUUUACAUACUGAAGCUUUAACCCAUGAAUUAGAUACUUCCAAAACUGCCAAUAAAGCUUUCAAACAAGCUUUAAGUGAAAUAGGUACUGUUGUUAUUUCAGUUGCCAUGGGUGAUUUAUCCAAAAAAGUUGAAAUUCAUACCGUUGAAUCAGAUCCUGAAAUUUUAAAAGUUAAAAUUACCAUUAAUACUAUGAUGGAUCAAUUACAAACUUUUGCAAAUGAAGUUACCAAAGUUGCAACUGAAGUGGCUAAUGGUGAAUUAGGAGGUCAAGCCAAAAAUGAAGGUUCAGUAGGUAUUUGGAGAUCUUUAACUGAUAAUGUCAAUAUUAUGGCUCUUAAUUUAACGAAUCAAGUGAGAGAAAUUGCCGAUGUUACACGGGCUGUAGCAAGUGGUGAUUUAUCAAGAAAGAUUAAUGUUCAUGCUCAAGGUGAAAUCUUACAAUUACAAAUGACUAUUAAUACCAUGGUGGAUCAAUUAAGAACUUUUGCCUUUGAAGUAUCAAAAGUGGCAAGAGAUGUCGGUGUGUUAGGUAUUUUAGGUGGUCAAGCUUUCAUUGAAAAUGUGGAAGGUAUUUGGAAAGAAUUAACUGAUAAUGUAAAUGCUAUGGCUUUGAAUUUAACUACUCAAGUUAGAAAUAUUGCUAAUGUUACAACGGCUGUGGCUAAAGGUGAUUUAUCGAAAAAAGUUACGGCUGAUUGUAAAGGAGAAAUUUUGAAUUUGAAAUUAACUAUUAAUCAAAUGGUGGAUCGUUUACAAACAUUUGCGGUGGAAGUUACAACUUUAUCAAGAGAAGUCGGUACAUUAGGUAUUCUAGGUGGUCAAGCUAAUGUUCAAGAUGUUGAAGGGGCUUGGAAAGCAGUGACAGAAAAUGUUAAUCUAAUGGCUACAAAUUUAACCAAUCAAGUGAGAUCCAUCGCAACAGUUACCACGGCGGUGGCUCAUGGUGAUUUAUCUCAAAAGAUUGAUGUUCAUGCUCAAGGGGAAAUUUUACAAUUGAAAAAUACAAUCAAUAAAAUGGUGGAUUCAUUACAAUUAUUCGCUUCCGAAGUGUCGAAAGUGGCUCGUGAUGUCGGUAUUAAUGGUAAAUUAGGUAUUCAAGCCCAAGUUAGUGAUGUUGAUGGAUUAUGGAAAGAAAUUACUUCAAAUGUCAAUACCAUGGCUUCGAAUUUAACAUCCCAAGUGAGAGCUUUUGCUCAAAUUACUGCUGCUGCUACUGAUGGUGAUUUCACAAGAUUUAUUACGGUUGAAGCUUCUGGUGAAAUGGAUGCCUUAAAGACAAAGAUUAAUCAAAUGGUGUUGAAUUUAAGAGAAUCAAUUCAAAGAAAUACAGCCGCCAGAGAAGCUGCUGAAUUGGCUAAUAGUGCUAAAUCGGAAUUCUUAGCUAAUAUGUCACAUGAAAUUAGAACUCCAUUAAAUGGUAUCAUUGGUAUGACUCAAUUAUCAUUAGAUACUGAAUUAACUCAAUAUCAAAGAGAAAUGUUAUCCAUUGUUCAUAAUUUAGCCAAUUCUUUAUUAACUAUUAUUGAUGAUAUUUUAGAUAUUUCUAAGAUUGAAGCUAAUAGAAUGACAGUUGAACAAAUUGAUUUUUCAUUAAGAGGAACUGUAUUUGGUGCUUUAAAGACGUUAGCAGUUAAAGCUAUUGAAAAGAAUUUAGAUUUAACCUAUCAAUGUGAUUCUUCAUUCCCUGAUAAUUUAAUUGGUGAUUCAUUCAGAUUAAGACAAGUUAUUUUGAAUUUAGCUGGUAAUGCUAUUAAAUUCACUAAACAAGGUAAAGUUACUGUCAGUGUUCAAAAAUCAUUUAAAAAAGCGGAAGACUCAGAAAAGUUGUUGUUACAAGUAUGUGUGAGCGACACAGGUAUUGGUAUUGAAAAGGAUAAAUUAGGUUUAAUUUUUGAUACUUUCUGUCAAGCUGAUGGAUCUACCACAAGAAAAUUCGGUGGUACCGGUUUAGGUUUAUCAAUUUCAAAGCAAUUAAUUCAUUUAAUGGGAGGUGAAAUUUGGGUGACGUCAGAAUACGGUUCAGGUUCAAACUUUUAUUUCACUAUUGGUGUAUCUCCUUCUAAGAUUAGAUAUACUCGUCAAACUGAACAAUUAUUACCUUUCAGUGGUCAUCAUAUAUUAUUUGUAUCUACUGCUCAUACCGAUGAAGAAUUGGAAGAAAUAAGAAGUGGAAUUGUUGAAUUAGGUUUAAAUCUUGUUAUAGUUCGUGAUUGUAAUGAUGCCAAUUUAACUGAACCUGUCAAGUAUGAUAUUAUUAUGAUUGAUUCAAUUCAAACAGCUAAGAUUCUUCGUUUAUUAACCGAAGUGAAAUAUAUCCCUCUUGUAUUGUUACAUCAUUCGAUUCCAGAAUUAAAUAUGAGGGUUUGUAUUGAUUUGGGUAUAUCAUCAUAUGGUAAUACUCCAUGUUCUAUAACUGAUUUAGCAAGCGCUAUUAUCCCUGCCUUAGAAUCAAGAUCCAUUUCUCAAAAUUCAGAUGAAUCAGUUAGUUAUAAUGUGUUAUUGGCAGAAGAUAAUUUGGUUAAUCAAAAAUUAGCUGUCAGAAUAUUGGAAAAGCAAGGUCAUCAAGUUGAAGUUGUUGAAAACGGUCUUGAAGCUUUUGAAGCAGUUCAAAAGAGAAGAUAUGAUGUCGUCUUAAUGGAUGUACAAAUGCCUGUCAUGGGGGGUUUUGAAGCCACUGAAAAGAUUAGACAAUGGGAAAAGAAAUCCAAUCCAAUUGAUUCAUUAACUUUCAGAACUCCAAUUAUUGCUUUAACUGCUCAUGCUAUGUUGGGUGAUCGAGAAAAAUCGUUAGCUAAAGGUAUGGAUGACUAUGUAUCAAAACCUUUGAAACCAAAGCUUUUAAUGCAAACCAUAAAUAAAUGCAUCCAUAAUAUAAAUCAGUUGAAAGAACUUUCUAAACAAAACAAUAAUAAUAGAACAUCCAAUUUCGCUAAGAAUUUGAAGAAUGGUGCUACACAAACUGGGGAAAAUUCUGCCACAAAUCUAUUAUCAAUGGGAUCAAGCCAAUCAAAUUCUAAUUUAAUAGGAAUCGGUAAUGGUAGUUAUAACAAUUCAAAUACUAGUAAUGGAAGUUUUUCAAGAUCAGCCACUCCAAACUAUGAAGGAGGUAAAGACACGCCGAAAAUCAACAAAUCUAAGUCAAAUGACUUCAUUCCUAAUCGACCAGUAAACCUAACGGUAAACAAGAGGUCUAUUACGGAAAGUUUCAUUUCCGUAAUAAAAAUCGAUGACCCUGAUAAUAUGGAGGUUGAUGAUGAAAAAAAAGUUGAAUAUCUUGAUUAAUGACUAGUCGAUGAAUUAUUUAUUAUAAUUAUAUUUAAUUUCUUUUGUGAGAUUUGUUCGCAGUCUAGUGUGUUAAAAAAAAUUGAAAAAGUUGCAAUCACAAUCACAAUCACAAUCACAAAUACCUUUCUUUGCAUCUUACAUAUCAACCUCCACCUACAUCACCACCACCACCGCAAUUUUAAUC